UUGAUUUCAAAACUCAAAGGGGUUUCGAGUUUCAGAGUGUCUCUUGGCUAGAGAUGAAUUCGGACUACGGCAUGUCUACAGUGAGCUGUGGAAACGGGAAGCUCCGCUCGUGGCUGAUCGAGCAGGUUGACACCGGGAAGUACGCAGGCCUCGUGUGGGAGAACGACGACAAGAGCAUCUUCAGGAUACCGUGGAAGCACGCAGGCAAGCAGGACUACAACCGGGACGAGGAUGCCGCUCUCUUCAAGGCUUGGGCGCUGUUUAAGGGCAAGUUUCGCGAGGGCAUCGACAAACCUGACCCGCCUACGUGGAAGACGCGCCUGCGGUGCGCACUCAACAAAAGUAACGACUUCGAAGAGCUCGUGGAAAAGAGUCAACUGGACAUCUCAGACCCCUACAAAGUCUACCGGAUCAUACCCGAGGGCGCCAAGAGACAUUUCUUGCUAUCAGGAUCCAAACAGGAGGAUGGUGGCAGCCCGCAGACUCCCCCGAGCUAUCCCAUGCACCCCUCCUACCCCGCCCUACAGACUCAGAUGUCUGGGUACAUGUCCAGUGCAGAGCGAGGCUGGAUGAGGGACUAUCUUCCAGAGCAGACCUCGCUCCCUGAGCUGCCCUAUGCCCAGUGUUCCUACCCCUCACGCAGCCUACCCUGGGCCCAGGGCCCCAGCAUGGACAACGGCUACCAGAUCACAGGGUCCUUCUACACCUACCCUACUGAUGGCCAGCCCUCCCCCUUCACACUGGACACCAGCAUGAGAUCAGCCGAGGCACUCUCAGAUAUGCGGUUACAUGUGUCAGUGUUCUACCGGGACUCAUUGUGGAGGGAGGUGACCACCUCUAGUCCUGAAGGCUGUCGCAUCACUCCCUGCUCCCCAGACGACAAGCUCUAUUCCCCCACUGGAGGUCCAGACCUGGUGCCCCUACCCCUGGACAGCCUCCCAGCCCUGGGGAGGGGGGAGGAGUGCCCCCCCAGCCCCCCUGGUGGUACCCUGGAGAGGGGAGUGCUGCUAUGGAUGACCCCAGAUGGCCUCUACGCUCGGCGGCUGUGCCAGGAGAGAGUGUUCUGGGAGGGAGGGUUAUCGCCCUACGGAGAUAAACCCAACAAGCUGGAGAGAGAACACACCUGUAAACUACUGCAUACACAGGACUACUUGGCAGAGCUGCAGGGCUAUGCCCUCCACGGCCGGCCCCCUCCACGUCUCCAGGUGCUGCUGAGUUUUGGAGACGAGUGUCUGGACCCACAGAGACAGAGGAGGACCCUCACUGUACAGGUGGAGCCCAUGUUUGCCAGGCAACUCAUAUACUACACCCAGCACCAGCAGACCAGCGGACACUACUACCGCAGCUACGACCUCUCCCUCCCAGGGGUCACGGAACACAGCAUGACACCUGCUUUAACCGAGGACUACCAGAGGGUCAUCACGCAUCACCAUAGCAACACCCUGCAGGACUGACAUAUUUGGCCAGCUCUGAUCACAGUCAGACUGCGGUGCAGGAUAUGGGGAGAGGAGGAGAUGGGAGAAAGCCUGGGGAGAGGAGGAGAGUUGUUUCCCUGUACUCUGGAUCCCAGAUUUCACUCAAAGCCGAAGCAGAACUAUGCCACUCCAAUCCAAGACAAACUGAACCAAGCCAGGUUGAACUGAAUCAAGCCAGGUUGAACUGAACCAAGCCAGACUGAACUGAACCUAGCCAGGCCAGACUGAACCAAGCCAGGCCAGACUGAAUUGAACCAAGCCAGGCUAUGGAGGAACAUACCCCGGGACCACUGAAGAGAUUGUAACAGAUAGUUGUAUAUUGUAGAUGUGUUUGUGUGUUGUAAGGACUCAAGGGAAUCAAUGUUCCAAAUUUUCUUUGGAACAAACUUGAUUUCAACAACUCAGGGAGCCGUCCUUUGGCCGUAGAGACUCAAGCUUGAUUGACAUUUUGUGUUUCAACGUCCACUUUCUGACAGCAAAAUAACUGACAGCUGUAGUGAUUGUAUUGACAUGUUUUUUUAUGUGCUUAAUUGUGUUUGCUCAAUUUCUUCUGUAACUAUGUUAGACAUUUUACCUGACUACUGUUGCUACUACUGUAUGUAGAUUUCCCAGCAUCAAUACUGAAUAAUAGGGAAUACUGUAAUAGAGAUGACAAAAGACGGCCUCUGAGAUUGAACCACACUGAAACACUGACUAGCAUGCUGAAUCUUUGAUAAACUCAGUGAGAUUGAACCACACUGAAACACUGACUAGCAUGCUGAAUCUUCAAUAAACUCAGUGAGAUUGAACCAUACUAAAACACUGACAAGCAUGCUGACUCUUCAAUAAACUCAGUGAGAUUGAACCACA